GGGCCCGUAUCUAGCGUGUGUACAAUCUGACAGAAUGCUGGGUAAGCAGCAGUCCAUUCACGGUGACGCUGACGCAGACACGGUGCCCGAGCAACACCGUUCGCGCCGGUAGUCCCCGAAUCCGGUCCGGUCCCCGGAGUCGAAAUCGCGGUCGCGAGUCGCCGGCCUGCAAACCAAAGGCCAAAGAAUAAAAUUCUAAGACAGCUCGAGAUCAAAUACUUACGUAUCGUACGAACUCAAGCGGGACCACGACAAUCAAAAUACAAACAGCUGUGAAGAGAGAGAGUCACGUUCACUUCAAAAUAAUAAUAAUAUUUCGAGUAAAUUUGAAAUAACUUCAGUUGGAAUAAGUGUUCUUUUGUGAAUGAUAACAAACGGGAUUCACUUUCCUUUGAAGGGAGAAACAUCAAGUGGAAAUUUCGAAAAUCUAAAAAUUGAAAAGUGAAGUUCUCAAUGAAGAGAUGAAGAUAUAGUUAAAAGAAGAAUAUAAAACAUUUGGAGUGAUAUCACAUCAAUUUUGUACUAGUCAGCUAUCAAAGAAGACUGCAAAAUACUAUUGCAAGUUUAUAUUCAAUAAUUAGACAACCGAUAAGAGAAUUGUUGAACAACACUUAUUACAAUUCUUAGUCCAACGUAUCUUGAAGUGAUUUUAAUUGUUUUGCUCAUCAUAUUCUUCAGUCAACAAAGUCAGAAUUUCCAUCUGUCUCUUUAAUCGUCUAUAUCGUCGACAAACGUAUGGCUGAUUUGAGAUAAGAAUAAUUGAUAAUCGGCUUUCGAGGUCGGGUCGAGGCCGAAAUAAUGGAAUCCUUGGACCAGAGCUUCGAUACCUUUGGCACAGCUGGUAUAAUGGACGGCACGGCAUGGUUGUCUCGCGUCAUGGACAAUGCCACGCACAGCACUAUCGUCGAUGAAGAAUUAUCGAGAUUUCCAAAGCCUUUGAGGACUUUUGCGGCAGUGGUGGCGAUCAUCAUCAUGAUUAUUGGUCUAACUGGUAAUCUAUUAACGAUCGUUGCUUUAUGUAAAUAUCCCAAAGUUCGCAACGUCGCGGCAGCCUUUAUCAUAAGUUUGUGCAUCGCAGACUUUGUAUUUUGCCUGCUGGUGCUCCCAUUCGAUUCCAUCAGGUUCGUCAAUGCCAGUUGGGCGGACAUACAUUUUUUCUGCGUUCUUGUGCCCUUUUUACGAUACGGAAAUGUGGGGGUCAGUCUCUUAUCUAUCGCAGCUAUCACUAUCAAUAGGUAUAUUAUGAUAGCACAUCACGCUAUCUAUAGCAAGGUUUACAAGAAAUUUUGGAUAGCCUCGAUGAUAAUCUUUUGCUGGUUAUUUUCUUACGGGAUGCAAAUACCUACGCUGAUGGAAGUGUGGGGUAAGUUCGAUUACGAUUCCAAUCUGGAAACUUGUUCCAUCAUCAAAGAUCGUUACGGUCGCACGUCCAAGACAUUCCUUUUCGUCAUGGGGUUCCUAAUACCCUGUGUAGUGAUCGUCGGCUGUUAUGCCAAGAUAUUCUGGGUGGUGCACAAAUCAGAAUCGCGAAUGCGAAAACACGCCGGACCGACGAUAAAAUCGCCUCACACCCCCGGAAGAGAUAUCAGGGAGCUCAAGCAGAAGCGUAGCGAGUGGAGGAUUACAAAGAUGGUACUGGUCAUCUUUUUGAGUUUCCUCGCAUGUUAUUUACCGAUCACCAUCGUCAAGGUGGCUGAUGCGGAAGUCAAAUGUCCCGAGUGUCACAUUCUGGGAUAUCUGCUGUUGUACUUCGCGUCGUGCGUAAAUCCGAUUAUCUACGUGAUCAUGAACAAGCAGUACAGACAGGCGUAUGCCGGCGUGGUCGGGUGCUCGUGGAUAAGGAUGAGUCUAACGCCGUACGGCAGCAGUGCGCCGGGUGGUGCCGGUGGUCUCCAAGCUCAUCAUCAAGACUACGUCCAAGACUACUCGAAGGACUUCAGCAAAACGAUGGUGUCGACGGUCUCUAUUGCUAUGAAUCCCGUGAGAAGUUUGCAAUUCCAGGAGGAGCUAUGAGACUGACAUCAAGAAGGGAAUGAGAGAUGUCUUCCAUUACGAUAAGAAAGGAGAAAGGAGAAAUGGAAAAGGAUGAGAAGAGAAAGAAAAAUCAUUGAUAACGGUGCAACGGUGUUAUUAAACCAAUUUGCCAGUUAAUUUUUGUAUCUUGUCUGAUACAAUAAGAGUAUGAAAUUAUUUCUUCGUUAAAGAAUGAAAUGAUCCACAUAUUUAAUCUGAGACAUGGAUAGGUAGAAAGUUUUAUUCAAAUAAUGACCAAUUUACCAAAGAUUGUCAUAUGUCAUUGUAUUUUAUAAUAAAAUACAAAUAUUUCGCAUUGUUUUUUUAUUUAAGAUGUAAGUAGUAUUUAUCAAAAAUUAUAAUAAAAAUAGACUGUUAUUUAUUAAUAAUUGUUUUAUGCGUCUUUUGAAAAAAGCAAUUGUUUUACAACAGAAAGAUUAUAAAUUUGUUUACAAUAACAUUGAAUGUGCCAUAGAGCAGGAUAUUUAAUUCACAAAUGGACUUUUUCUUUAUAAAACUUAUUAAUGUAUGUAUGGCUACUGUAAUAUUUUUGUUGAUGAGGCUAUAUUGUAUUAUGAGCAUUCAAGAUAUUGAUACAAAUUUAUUUAAUAAAUUUAAUAUUAAAUAUA